CCCCCGGGUUGUGUGGCUGAUUCGCAGCCCUCGCUGCCUCCCCGCCGCAGCCUCGGCGGCUCAGCCCGUUCUCUCGGCUCAGCACCUUGAUCUGCCGCAGCCGGCGGGGGCCGGAGAAGUGGUUUUAUAGCGUCUAGGAAGCGCUUUAUGGUCUGGGCUUUGAGCUGCGGGAAAGCGGCAGCCGAGUGCGCGCUCAUUGCGCUUGCCGGAGAGGGCCAGGGUGCUGCAGGAUCAGCCCCCACGAGUGGGUUUUCCCAGCCCGCUUUCCCUCUCCAGAUUACCCCAGGCUCUGCUGUCCUGCGGCUUUGGCCGGGAGGCCACUUCUUCGGGGGCCUGGCAGUUCUGCGGUGUUUAUGUCUGAGCUGUGUCUCCGCCUCGGGAUCGCACCAGUGGAAGAUUUUUGAAUGACAAGCCUCUUUUAAUGUUGUUUUCUGGGUUUCUGGCUGCAAUUCUCCCGCUGCAGACAAGGGGAUUUCUGUGCAGGAGAAGACGGAAAUUUUAUUUAUACCUUGGGAGGUGCUUCUGCAGGGAGCCACAGGAAGGGAAGAAAGGUGAGGUGCCUGUGAGCUGCGUUUGCAUCAAAAGAUGCCAGUGAGCUUCACCACAGCCCUUCGUGUUUUUGGUACCAGCCUCUUUGCCUUGGUGGUGCUGGGAGGCAUUCUUGCAGCCUACAUCACUGGCUACCAGUUCAUCCACACAGAGAAGCACUACCUCUCCUUCGGCCUGUAUGGUGCCAUCCUGGGCCUUCACCUCUUCAUCCAGAGCCUCUUUGCCUUCCUGGAGCACCGGCACAUGCGGCUCGAGGGGCGGCCCCUGAAGCUGCACCGCUCUGUGGCGCUCUGCAUCGCCGCCUACCAGGAGGACCCCGACUACCUGAAGAAAUGCCUGCACUCGGUGAAGCGCAUCUCCUUCCCCGACCUCCAGGUGGUGAUGGUGGUGGAUGGCAAUGGCCAGGAUGACACCUACAUGUUGGAGAUCUUCAAUGAGAUCCUGGGCUCCGAGAAAACAGGCUGCUACGUCUGGAAGAGCAACUUCCAUGAGAGGGGAGAGGGCGAGACGGACAGCAGCCUCCAAGAGGGCAUGGGGCACAUCCAGCAGCUGGUGCGGAACAACACCUACUCCUGCAUCUUGCAGAAGUGGGGGGGGAAGCGCGAGGUGAUGUACACAGCCUUCCAAGCGCUCGGGGACUCCGUGGACUACAUCCAGGUGUGUGACUCAGACACAGUCCUGGACCCGGCUUGCACAGUGGAGAUGCUGCGCAUUUUGGAGGAGGAUCCGCAGGUGGGCGCAGUUGGUGGAGACGUUCAGAUCCUGAACAAGUAUGACUCGUGGAUCUCCUUCCUGAGCAGCGUGCGGUACUGGAUGGCCUUCAACGUGGAGCGGGCCUGCCAGUCCUACUUCGGCUGCGUCCAGUGCAUCAGCGGCCCCCUGGGCAUGUACCGCAACACCCUCCUGCAGCAGUUCCUGGAGGACUGGUACAAUCAGAAGUUUCUUGGUAGCAAGUGCAGCUUUGGGGAUGACCGACACCUCACCAACCGUGUCUUGAGUCUCGGGUAUAGGACUAAGUACACCGCCCGCUCCAAGUGCCUGACCGAGACUCCCACCAAAUACCUCCGCUGGCUCAACCAGCAGACUCGCUGGAGCAAGUCCUACUUCAGGGAGUGGCUCUACAACGCCUUAUGGUUCCACAAGCACCACCUCUGGAUGACCUAUGAGUCCGUGGUGAAUGGCUUCUUCCCCUUCUUCCUCAUUGCCACGGUCAUUCAGCUGUUCUACCGUGGCCGCAUCUGGAAUAUCCUCCUCUUCCUCCUGACCGUGCAGCUGGUGGGGAUCAUCAAGGCCACCUACGCCUGCUUCCUCCGGGGCAAUGCAGAGAUGAUCUUUAUGUCCCUCUACUCCCUGCUCUAUAUGUCCAGCCUCCUGCCAACCAAAAUGUUCGCCAUUGCCACCAUCAACAAGUCUGGCUGGGGCACCUCUGGCCGCAAAACCAUUGUGGUCAACUUCAUUGGCCUCAUCCCCGUUUCUGUGUGGGUCGCUGUCCUUCUGGGAGGCCUGGCCUACACAGCGUACUGCCAGGACCUCUUCAGCGAGACAGACCUGGCCUUCCUCAUCUCUGGCGCCAUCUUGUACGGCUGCUAUUGGAUGGCGCUCCUCAUGCUCUACAUGGCCAUCAUUGCCCGGCGCUGUGGGAAGCGGCAGGAGCAGAGCAGUCUGGCUUUUGCUGAGGUGUGACAGGCGGGGGGCUCUGGAUGGAGUGGGGAAAGUGCAAUGGGAAAGGAUUAGUGCUGCCACCAUGCAUUGUUCAGGGGCAGCCAGGUGGCGGGUGUGGGAGGAGAUGGGAUUUUAUUUGUGGGUUUUCAAAUUGCUGUCCAAGGAAUGAGUUCCUGGGCUAGUGAGUCUGAAUGCCACCUGAGAAGAGGCUGCGUGUUGUCCAGCAGAGAAUGCUCCAGGUAGCCUGGGCCACGCACACCCGCCUGCAGCUGCCGUGACUCCAGUGUUUUGAGGCCCAUCCUACUGUUGGAGGAGUGGGGAACCCCGAGGCAGCUUCCAGCCUCUCCAACAUUUGCGAUGGCUCCUGUGGAGAUUCCUGUCUGCCACCUGCCAGGGCACAAAAUCCUGCUGUGGGAACUGCACUGAGCUCCAUUGGUGGAGAGGCCCUGGGCCAGAGGUGGGAGAGGAGGCAUUGCCUGCAGACUCCAACCUGAGCAAUAAGGCUCCGGGGAGGCCUGAUCCCCAGGAGCCAGUGAGGGACGGGAGUACUCACUGAAAUGAAUUCAUGCUUUAAAAGAAUCCAAGUUUGCCAACACUCUGUCCUGCCCUGUAGAGCAGGAGCUGUCUAGCUGCACUGGCAGCAGUCGGUGACGCAGUAAGUUGGCGGCAAUGUGUGUCCCUGGAGCCUGGGGACUUGGUUCCCGCCUGGGGUCCGCAAAAGAGGCUGAGAGGGGCACUGCUUAGCUAGAGCCAGGACCUGCUCCGAGCUGGGCUCGGCAGUGGAAACUGGCCCAUGGGAGUCGAGGCUCACGAGGUCUGAGGCAGGCGAAGCCCCCCCCCCCCCUCCCCGGAAGGAGUGCCCCAAAGUCUCUGCAGGCGAAGCUGUGCUUGACAGGCCGAGAGCUCCUGCCCUUGUGCUUUAGAGCCCAGACACUGGAUUCCCCGGCAGUCUGGCAUUCUCCCCAGGCAGGAAAGUGGUCCAUAUAUAUUCAAUUUAUUUAAGAGGGCAGAAAUCCCCCCCCCCCGCCCCACACAGGACUGGCUGCCUGUGGAUUUAAUGCUGUGAACUAGGGUGGGUUCCCUGUGGCUCUCCUUUCUCUCCUGAGGCUUUGUGCUGGGGUGGGGGUGAUCCUAAUACUAUGGUGCUUUGCUAAGGACACUGCAGUCCUUUCCCUGGGGCGGUGAAGAGAGAUCUCCACCUUGACAACGUGAGUUUCCAAGGCGGGGGGAAGGAGCCUCCCCUGUGAGGGCCCAGAUGGCAGCAGUUGGGCCACCUGAACAUGACCUGGGCUGGACCAUUCUUUGCUGUUCUGAAGUGGCUUCCUCAGUCAGGUACCACGUCCUUUUCCCUGAGCCGCUUGAAAACUCCAAUGAUCCUGGCCUCCCGUAGGGAUCUGCUGCAUGGAUGAGCGCUCUCCCAUGGCUCCUUCUGACCCAAAGCCCCGGGCACGAGUGACAGUGUGAGCCCAUGGUGGGGAUGGUGGUAUGAACUGCUGCUCCUGUCCCUUCUGCCCCUGUGCCGCUGACCCCCAGGCAACUCUUCCGUCCCAUUCCACACAAUGGGGCUGUGCCCUGGGGUCACUGCAAGGGGGCAGUGGUGCACGCUCCACCCAGCCCAUGGCCUGGUGUGUCUGUUCCUCAAAGGCUGAGGCAGUAUGGCUCCAGCUUUAGCCUUUGCUGUGCUCAGAGUAACGUCCAGACAACUGACACACCAGCAGCAAUGCCACAAGAGCAAUAACCCUCCCCAGCCUGCUACUGGGGCCCUGUGUGUAAAGUGCCACAUACAGCUCGAGUGUCCCAUGGUGCCAAAGCCUGCAGUAGGGUCACCUGGGGCCUCUCUAGGGAUGCCUGCCUCUGCCCCUCCAUUCAGUGUUACCCAGCAAUUACUGGUGACCCGUGGGCAAGACUGUGCCAGCAGCUGAGGGCGAAGGCAGAAAGGUGAGUGGCUGCACGAAGGUUACAUGGCUUUGAGCUUUUCCCCUGGGCCCACUGUACAAGGGGGAGCACCUAUGCAAUGGAGCUAGGCCAAGGCUGACUGCCAGGGCUGGCGAUAGGAAUGGGGAGAGGGCAGCACAAAGAUGGAGUUAGAAAGUGCUUAUUACUUAGCCUCUCAGUGCUUCCCCUCCUCCCUGCUUGUCAGGUCAGGGCUCCUGGUUGUGUUUGGGGAGGCAUUGAGACCACGCAAGAGUGCCAGGUCCCUUCUCUUUCAGGCCUGGCACUGCUGCUCGUUCCCCAUCACGUAAAGGUGAGGGAACACUGUCCUUAUGGCGGCUAAGUACAGCCCUGCCCUGCUGGCACUGCUUUCAUGUGUCCGCACACAAGUAGACACCUGGUCUGUGCCCUGGGAGCCUGGGUACUAUUCCUGGCUCUGUCACAAAUGCAGGCAAACUUGGGCAAGUCUCUUCCCCAGCUGUGAGGAGGGUGGGGGUAUGUGGACACCUUGGGAGACAAGUGCUCUCCCAGGGCACUUAAUUAUGUGCUCUGUCUAUUCCAGGGGUUAGCACCAUUUGAUAUCUUCACUGUGGGCCCCACUGCUAAGCUAGCCUCCGCCAAGAGCCUCAGUCAGAAUCCCUGCCGCCUCCUAGUGUCUGCCGCCGGCUGUGGUUUUAACCCCACAUCCUCUCUGGUGCCCAGCCCUGAGCUGUUGCUCUAGCACCCGUGUGAGGAUAACUUGCCAGACAAAACCAAAGCACUGCUCUGUGUAAGGACGUCUGUGCCGAGUACAGUGGGGUGCUCGGUGGGAGGGGCAGCGUGGAGAGGCAAAGGGAUGCUCAGGGAGGCCUGGAGCAAGCAGAGCCAGAGCACAAAUGCAGCAAGUGAAAGAGCUUGCCCCUGUUGUGCUGGCUGAGGAGCCUCAUGCAGGGACUCAGCGAUGCCAGGGGAGGCUGAGGUAGAAGGAAAGCAGGGCCUAGAGUUUUGGGAACAGCCACCCAGCCCGUGCAGAAGGGAGUUUGGGAGGGCCCCUUCUGCUGAAGAAACACCACAGAAGCCCCUUAACCCCCCUCCACUUUCCACUCCCUGGCCCCUGGUGGGUGUUGGUAGGGUUUGAGGUUUGCCCCGUGGGAGAGCAGCAGCUAAUUCUGCCUCCUUUGUCAAAGAACAGAAGGGCAGUGAGAGGCCACAGUUAGCAGUAGCCUGCCAAAGAAUGGCUGCUGGCAGCUUCUUUGCCUGCCCUCUCCUCUGCCUGAGGAGUGCUCAAGUGGCUUUUUCCAGGGCCUGCAAGGGUGGCUGUAGCCAAAAACCAUAUUUCAUGCUGUGUCCUGGUGAGCUGGGUGAUGCAUCACUCCUCCAGGACAGAACCUCUGCCAUGAGCUAAGGGGACACGAGCCCCCAAGCCAGUUAGUACCUCUGCUGAGUAACACAAGGUGCUGUGCCAGGCACAAAGCUGGGUGCCAACUGCCCGUGCAGGGGACCCAGCCCCAUGGCAUAGUUUUGCAUGUUGGCUCAAGUCCCUGUGCUGCUACUGAGCCAGGUUUAGAGGGGUGGGGGUUCCCCUAGUCUCAGGAGCUGCAGGGCAGAUGUUCCAGUGCCUGGGGGAGGAGCCAGCUUCUAACCACACCCAUGGCAUACAAGAGGGACAGGAGUCUGAGCUGAGAGCACAUCCCUGCCCCGCCCCGCCCCGCCCCACCUUCAGGGUUGGUGUGCCACAGCAAAGCUGUCACUCUAGCUGUGGGCAGCGCAUCCAGCCUGCAAGUUGCUGCUGUAGGAGCUUGUUGGCUGUAUGGUUCCUUGUGCCUGAGAGGCUGCUCAGCUGGGUCCCAGGGACUGUUAAUGAGGGCACCUAACAAGGCCCCAGCAGAGACUAACCUGCCAUGGUACCAGGCUGCUAAUGGCAAGGCAAAUGCUGAGGGCUGGGAUUCCAGCAGCUGGCCAGGCUGCUUGUCUGACACAGACCACAGGUGUGGGCAGUUACCUCAGGAAAGUGAAUGCCCCCAGCUCCCAAUGCUGUCAUCAGGAGAACACUGCUUGCUUUGCAUCCCUCCUGAGCUAACCACACCUGCUUUGCUUUUGUGCUGGGUCCAGUCAGCUCUGCUCCCAGACUUCUGUGCCCUCUUCUGAGGGAGGGCCCCUGUGGAUUGUACUCUAUGGGCUUCUAGAACAGGUGCCUCUCCCUGCAUGUCACUACAGCCUCCCCUCAUCUUAAGUGCUAGCGGGAGAGAGCCUGGCCUCCCUUGCUAUACGUGGAGGCCGGAGCAGGGACCUAGCUUUGGAUCUAGACUACAGGUAUGUGCUCCCUUCUGGGCCUGGGAGAGCAGCUUCCACCCUGCCCCUCCCAGCAGUGUCCCCACAUUCCUUGUGUGUAGCCUGGCUCCUGGCUGCACCACAGCUGUCUCCCUGGGCCCUCUUUUCAGGGCAAAAACCUUACUCCAGGUGAGUGUUUGGGGCGGUUUAUUUAAUACCAGGUUUUUAGGAGACUUUUAGCUCUUUGAUAUUUACAGUUAUUGCUACCGUUGUUUGUAAAUCUAUUUAUUUUUUACCAGCAUUUUUUCAUUUUUUUAAAAAGGUCUGUUUUUAUAUCACAAUGGAUUUGUCACAAUAAAGAGAUUUGCACACA